CUGGAAAGGCAUAAGAAGUCAGAAGUCGGAACUCAGAAGUCAGAAGUCAGAAGUCAGAAGUCAGAAGUCGGAAGUCAGAAGUCAGAAGUCAGAAGUCGGAAGUCAGAAGUCAGAAGUCAGAAGUCGGAAGUCAGAAGUCAGAAGUCGGAACUCAGAAGUCAGAAGUCAGAAGUCGGAAGUCAGAAGUCAGAAGUCGGAACUCAGAAGUCAGAAGUCGGAAGUCAGAAGUCAGAAGUCAGAAGUCAGAAGUCAGAAGUCGGAAGUCAGAAGUCGGAACUCGGAAGUCAGAAGUGGCCCUCCUCGGCCAUCGUACAAUAUAAUAUGUUGA